AUGGCGGCGCCGUUGGCAUCGGGGCUGGCCCUGCCAAAAGGCGGACCAGCGCUAGCCAGCUUGAAGAUGCCGUCCACACCCUUGCCCGACCCCGACACGAUCGCCUCCGCCAUCAGCAAUAAGCUUUCCGACCCGCCUCGCGCGGCUUCGCAGACCGAGCCGCUUCGUCGCCCCACUCGUCCUAUCCCAUCCGACUUCUUAUCCGACAAGGCCACCACCGCCUUGAUUCGUCGAGUGCUGUGUGGCCAGAAUCUAGCCGAUAGGGGGAAGAGCACGCCUGCGCCUAUCCAUGAUUUGCUCCCACCACUAACUAGUCGGAAUGAUGUGGACCUUCAGCUGUACGCUCUCAUAGCCAUCAUCGUCAAGGAGUUUGUCCAAAGUUGGUACACUAAGAUUACCCCUGAUGAGACCUUCGUCGCCGAGAUUGUACAAAUCAUCGCUCAUUGUACCCGCGCGCUGGAGCAGAGACUCCGCAAGGUGGACCUCGAGAGUCUGCUGUUCGACGAGCUUCCCGAGCUGCUGGAUGCGCACGUUAGAGCGUAUCGAGCCGCAAAGAGUUCGAUAGCGCGGCAGCCGGUCGAAGCUAAUCCUCGCGAGAUCUACCAUUCGCUCUGGCCGAUCCCUGCUCUAACUCCCGUCCCCGGAGCUGAGCAUGAGAGUGCCGAUCCCCAGGCAGAUAACGAGAGUGCGUACCGCCAGCUAUUAGUGCAAGGCGUUCUAGCCGUCCUACUUCCAACCGAGGAUCUCGCGAACGGGUGCUUGACAGCGCUGGUCGGGCAACUCUUUUCGGAGCUAAUCAUUGGCAAUCUCGUUGCCAAUAGGCUUUCGGAACCGUGGCUUAUAUGGGAAGGUCUGAUCAUCCUGACGAGAGUGGUGCGUACCAACAGCGCGACGAGGGCUCCUGGAUCCGAAGCCGCCGACCGGGACGUUAAUCACGGGGCAGAGCCCGGAAAGACCCCGCCGGCCAUGGCGAUCAAACGCGGUUGGUCCGUCAGCCAGGUAUUCUGGUCCAUCGUCCAAUGGGGCUUUGUCGCCGUCAGCGUACUACGAUUUAUCAUCAACGCGAUCGUACUAUCACAGACGCUACCCCCGAGGCCGACCCUUGCCUUCAUCUCCCAGGCAGACCCAACCUCCCAGGGUGCUACAAAGGAGCCUCAGCACCAUCCUUCAGGAACUUUUGAUCUUCCCUCGCAGCCAGUCAAGGUUCCCGUCGCGAACUUCAAGAUCUGGUCAUGUAUUGGGAAUCUACUCGAAAUGGACGCCCGCAUGCCCUGGAUGCACGGCGCUCUUUCCAUGAUACAAUGGGCCGCCAUAAGAGGCCCUGGAAAUUUAGCAGGGCUCAACGGCAUGAUCGAUAGACUUCUCUCGCACUACAUCCAGGCCUACGUCCUCGAUCCUACGCGCCUACCCCCGCUCCUUCGAGCUGCUCGCAGUGCCGUCUUCCCCAAUAACGCCCCGGGCACACCCAGCCUCAUCCCUCCUUCAUCCGACGAGCAGCUGGCCGCCCUGCGUCGCAGAUGCGCUAGCGCGCUUUUGGCGCUUGUUCCGAGGGGGGUGGGUAGUCUUUAUUACGGUAGUAGUACCUGGCCAUGGUCCAGCAUCUGGGCCAGCCCCCAGAGGAGCGCGAUUUGGCGGUCCGGACCGCGGACGGCCAGUAGCAAUAGCGCAGCACAUAGUAACAAUACCAAGGCCACCGGAGAGGAAGUUGCACGCGUGCGGCUUGCCGACGAGGGCGAAUCCGCUAAAAGGGGGCAUGCAACGUUGACCCCAGGUUCAAAGCGGCAAUUUGGAGAAACCGGUGUACGACCGACCAAGGCCGGUGGCGACCAUCAGGAUCAGGCUGACAUGUGCUACGAGGGCGACGAGGAUGACGACCGAAUCCUAUCUCAGAUCGAGACCGGCAUCCUCGACGUCUUCUCAGAUCCAUAUUGCAACAAGCACCUGGUGUACGGGAUCCUGGAGCUCGUGCUCGUGCGGCUCAUGCCCGAACUAACCGAGAAGGGGGUGAUCGAACUGUGGGAAGAGCGAGUAAGCUAGCUUAGCUUGGCCAGGCGACGAACCGAUCCGACCUCGUAGAUGAGCGGGUACUAUGUAAUAUGUAAUAACGACUGGUUGAUUGAUACCCAACCUACCUAUCCGUAACGCGCGUGCGUGCGUACGUGCGUGUAUGCGUGUAUGUGUGUGUGUGGUACAGCUACUACCGAGCCAGGGCGAGCAAGUGGGAGGGGAGGGAGAGGAGGAGAAGACGGGACAGAGAGGGACAGAGGCAGAGGUAGAGAGAGGGAGAGAGGAAGAAACGUAUUUGAGAGCAUAGAGUUUCAAAUUCGACGCAUCACCUUGGCCAAAUUGAGGGCAACCCUUUCUCAUGCAAUGCAACAUGAGGCAACAGAGAACUGACGGGUCCAGGGUUAGGAGAAGUCCCGGAGAGUAGACAUUGCAACCGCGCGCAGACACACACCUCUUCCCUCACUCUCUCCCUCCCUUGUCUCUCUCUGACUUACACGCUCACACCCAUACCCACGCAUGUCGAUAAUAGAUACGUACGUAUAUACCACACCAACACACAGACAUUGUUCGACAUGUGUUUCCCGUCUCGUCGAUGCUUACGAAGCGCAGAGAGAGAGAGUCCGAAAAG